CUGAUUGGCCCGUGUCACGUGCGUAGCUCUUUUACUUCCGGAAGGAGCCGAGGCAGGGCUGCUUGUGCUUGUAGUGCGCGCUUUACGGGGGCUGCGGGACGGCAGAUAUUUCAGAAUGGGAUUGGAUUGGAUUGGCUUCGGCUAUGCAGCAUUAGUGGCUUCGGGUGGGAUCGCUGGCUAUGCAAAAGCAGGUAGUGUCCCAUCUUUAGCUGCUGGUCUUGUUUUUGGAGGGUUAGCUGGACUGGGAGCUUACCGUCUGUCUGAAAAUCCCAAGGACAUUUGGCUGUCCCUGAUUGCUUCUGGAACCUUAGCUGGUAUUAUGGGCAUGAGAUUCUACAACUCAGGAAAAAUUAUGCCUGCAGGAUUGAUUGCUGCUGCAAGUCUGCUGAUGGUUGGGAGGCUUGGACUGAAGAUGUACGAAAAGCCACACGAGGGAUAACAGGACAUUAUCUUCCGAAAUGAUAACUGGACAAGUUGAUAACAAAUGAAAUGAUUGGAAUAUGUAGCAGGAUGAAUGCUACAUAGAAUGGGAGAACACAAAACACACCCUAAAAGUAAAUGGAGACAAUAAAUGGCUUACUUGUAACAACAGAAAUUAGCAGUCUUUGUAUACAAAAAUGGCUUUCCACGUUCCAGAAGUAACAUGUAAGAUAUGAAAUGUGGUCAGACAAUUUCAUUAUAAUGUGUGUAUAUACUCUCAGUGUUAAGACUAUACAAGUGCAUGGAGGCAAGGAACUGUUUUAACUGAGAAAAAUAUUACAAAUCAUGAACUGGGGAGGGAGAUCUAUCUGAAUCAGAGGCUGAAAUUUUAUUAUGUAAUGUAAGCAGUCAUAAGUUUUGCUCUAUUCCUCAUGGGUAAAAAGAGAUCCCACCUCAGUUUUUGCAAGGAACAGAAUGAAAGGUAUGACUUUGCUUACAUUAUGCAAUAGGAUUUUGGUCAGAAUCUGAUCAAGGUACUCUUUUGGAUUGCAACUCCCAGAAUCUCCCGGCCAGCAUGUCCUGCUGCCUAAGAGGGUUCUGGGACUAAUUCUCCAGAAAUUAAAAUGUCUGCAUUUUGGGCUGAAUAGAGCAUCUCCUGGCUGAAUAUAGUGCUGUAUAGAGACAAGAGAAUUGAGGUGAGCGCCUGGCCACUCAUGGUCCCUGUUGCCUUAUCAUGAAACAUUAGACAGCAUGCUGGUAUAGCUGUGCAGUGUUACUCUACUGCAUUCAUAUGCCAAGACCACUUGUUACGGUGUAAAUGGAAAAUAAAUGUAAUAUGCAGAGGAA